UUUCCGCCCGAUUGGAAAAUACCGAAAAGACGAUCGACGUUUCGACGAGAAGGGAGACGAACGCCGACUCAUCGUCGUCGAGUACGUACGAAUAUCGUUAAUUCUUACGACAGUUGGUUCAGUUUAAAAACAGUCUAAAAAUACAGAUUUUGAGUCACUAACGUGAGUCAUCGUUCGGAUCGCUCGUUAUCGCUUAUCAGUCAUCGUCGUCGGAAACCAGAUACCAUCGUCGCGCGUAACGCUCUCUUCUCUCACGCGAGACGGUCUUAUCUGCUUCGUGGUAACGUUUCUGCUGUUAUAUUUCUCUUCCCUCGCCUUCCUCGUCACGGAAACGUCGGAAGCUCGCGCGAAGCGUGACACAGCGCGGAGAGCGCGCGUUCGUCACGCGCGCCGAACAUGUGACCCGUUUAAAGUUUCACCGUGCGUGCGCGCCCGUCCGUCCGAGCGGGCGAGUGAGCCACCAACCAGCCGGCCGACCGCCGCAGUCGCGCAGUCCCGAGGUGCACUUCGAGCCUCCUACCAUUGGCUGUGAGGCCGCAACGGCUCUGUAGGUUAUGUCGCUGUGUUUACAUCGUACGCGGGUCUCGGAUUGAUCCGCAUUUAUCUCACGUCGCACGCGCUCACGGUGUCCGUCGUCGACGGGCUCGAACGGCUCGGCUGGGCGAAAUAUGAGAAGGAUAUACCCGGGACGCGCGAUCGAGACGUCGAAGACGACGACUGGAACGGAUCUGCGACCGGAUUACUCCGUCGCGUUCGCGAGCUAAUUCGAUUACGAUCCAAGGUGGAAAUACCAACUGCGACGCACAUCGUCGACAUCGUUGCGCUCGAAAUCUGUCAGGCGUGUUUUUCAAAGGGAGGGGGACUUUCCGAACGGCCGGCGAAAUUGCAUCACCCCGAGGGUCUAAUUAAUUUUAAUCAGCCUCCCGUGACUCAUCGAGCCAAUUUUGAUACUUUCAUUGCCACGGCAGGACACGGCGGUGUUAUGAACGUUGGCCUAUCCAUGUACGAUGGCCUGGAGAACGACAGUGCUCCUGACAAUGGCUUGGAAACCAAUGGGAGUACUACGAAGAAACUGGCCAGAGGUAUUUCCCGUGCGACGGAAAACGCAGCGAUCGUCUCCUACGCUCGCUCGCAACUCGCAUCCGGAGGAGUGGACACGCCGGAAUACACAUUCUCAUUGCCGGACUUGUCUGUCUAUCCAGAUUCAUUCCGGAAUUUCCUUGAGAAGGAUCUGAUCGAGAACGGAUGUCUGACUUCCCUGGAGGCCGCGGGCCGUCUGAACUGGUGGUACAAGAACGGAAGCACCAGGAUCCUCUGGCCGCUGGCGACAUCCGGGGACGGCAACUGUUUGCUUCACGCCGCCUCGUUGGGCAUGUGGGGUUUCCACGAUCGACUGCUCACGCUAAGAGAGGCGCUGCACAACACCUUAACGAGAGGAGAGUACAGACACGCUCUCUUCAGACGGUGGAAGUGGCGACAGACGGGCUUGAAUGCAGCAGCCGGAUUGUCGUACACGGACUCGGAGUGGUUGUCAGAGUGGCGGAGUAUAGUGGACAUGGCCUCCCCCACGAUCAGAAACCAAACCGCCACCUCUUAUCAGAGUCUCGAAGAGAUACACAUCUUAACCCUGGCUCACGCCUUGAGGAGGCCUAUAAUAGUCAUAGCGGAGACCAUGCUGAAGGAUGCCGAGGGGGUGGCCCUGGCGCCGAUUCCGUUCGGCGGGGUGUACCUGCCGUUGGAGGUGCCGCCUUCCCGUUGUCACCGGACGCCUUUGCUCCUGGCUUAUCACUCCGCUCACUUUUCCCCUCUCGUGACGGUGGACGGCUGCAACGAUUACGGCAGCGCCUGCGGCGAAGGAGUCAGCAUACCGUUGGUGGACCCGGACACGGGCAAGCUGCUGCCGGUCUUGUUCGCCGUGGAUCCGGGCCCCGAUUGGGACUGGGUGGACGGCUCGCGAGAGUUGUUGUCUUGUCAGCAAGAUAUCAUGGAGCUUUUGUUACGAGAGUAUCUCGACUGUGAAUAUCAGAGCUUCAUAACCGAAGAUAUGGACAGAUUCGGCGACACGGACGGCUCCCUGUCGAAGACGGCGAAGCAGCUGUUGCAACAGGUCGGCUCGCUCGGCAGGUCCGUCAGCAGGAAACUCGGACUUAACGUGACGAAGAGACCAAAGAGCCCGCCCGUUGCGGGCGGCGGCGUUUCCACCGAGGGCCUGUUGUGCGUGAGGAUAAAGAGCAGGCGGCAUCAGUUUGUCGAUCAGAUGCUGCAGAAUUAUCUUCAGUACGCCCAUUCGAGGUACCUGCAGGAUCACCAGGUGGACGACACCGGCAGCGAGCUCAACUACGGCGCCGGGAAGUCCAAGUUUUACGCUGCCAGCGAUCGCGGUAGUCACGCGAGCGUCAGCAAAUUGCUGCCUACGAAUCCGAAUAACAAAGACCAUACGCUUUAUCUUUCAAGAUCUACGUUUUACAAGGAUCAAGCGACAAACGAUGCGGGACCAGAGAUUUGGAGUAACAGUGACGAUUCGAAGGACACCGUGAAGAAGUGUCGCAAUGAGAACUGCCAGUACUUUGGGAUUCUGGAAAAUCACUAUUACUGCUCGAAAUGCUGGGCUGAUCGGUGUAAAGGUUAAACGGCCGUCCUUAAUCACACGUGACAAUAAUCUCGGUUUAAUACUAUGCUCGACUAAACUACUAAAUAAUUGGUAGACAUUGCGCGCGCUAGUCGUAUAAGAUGAAGCUUAUGGACAGGUGAUAUCCCACCAACAUAUCAUGCUUUUUUCUAAUUUCGUUUCUUCUUCUCCUCGUGUUCUCGUUAUUAUCGCGAAGUAUUUAUUAUUGUAUUGUUCGUUACCUAUUUAUUAACAUUUGUCAUCUAAUUUGUCAUCUGAGAAAACAACAUAUCAGAUACACAGGGUUCGACUAAACGACACAUGUGUUGACUCUGACGUGCUCGCAAUGCACGUUUCAUCGUUCCGAAGUGACUUAAAAAAAAAAACUGAUCUUUUUUUUUCCUUAUCCUUUCAACUCGUGCAUACUCAGGGAACGAAUGUAAUUUUUUAUAUUUUGUUUCAAACGAACGGUUUAAUUUUGCGCAAUUUCAACGUAUAUACACGUGCCUUCUGUCAUAUAUGCGCGAAACAAAAAACAAUAAUACUCUCCCUUAAUACCGCCGUGAUCAAGAUCUUCACCACUCAUAACUACCUCCUUUCCGAAUGUAAUGCUCAGUAUGUAAUUGUUAGCGCUUUACAGUUCGUUGUGGAAUCCUGCAAGACGAUAUGGCAAACAUUACGUUUAUAAUCUCAUUAUCUCGUGCAAUUGAUGUGUAUGACAAAGUUGUGUGAAGAAUAAACCAUAUUUUUCUA